AUGGAUUCCCUUCGAGCUCGUCGCAAGGCAGCGCCUGCUUCAGUCAGCAUCAAGAACCAUGAAUACUUCUACCCUGCAAAAGAAGUCGUGAACCGACGCUUUUCCGAUACAACCAACUUUGAUGAUACCGAUUUUGAAGCGAGUGACUCCGACGAGGAAUCCCUUCAACAGAGUCUUCAAUCCCUGGCCUAUGACAGCAACACCACUCUUUCCACCCCGGAAUUACCGACACCGAAUGAUGCUCGGCCGCGCACGACCGGUAAGAGACGAGAACCAGCAUAUGUGAGAGGCCCAAAUGGUCCUCACCUUUUCAGGGACUCGACAGGCUCAACAAUUUAUGAGCCCUCGACCGCCGAGAUCGACUUGUACUUUGAGCGCUCGCCUUUGCAAAGCGAGUUCAGCCGUUCGAUGGAAACCCCGACACGUUUCCCUUUCUCUCCCAAGACUCCCAAAGCUCUGACAACGGUCCACCCCGAUGUCUCUCAAGUCACCAAAGAGGAGAUCUUGAACUGGAAGCCCAGUCAAGUUGCGCACUGGCUGUAUAUCGCCGGCUACAACGAUGCGGUCAUUGAGCGAUUCAUUGUCAACGAUAUUGCUGGAUCCGUGCUUCUCAGUCUGCAGAUUGACGACCUCAAGGAGCUCAGCAUUCAUUCUUUCGGUAUGCGUCACCAGAUCAUGGCCUCAAUUGAGCACCUGAAGACGACGAUGCAAACGGGUCCCCCUUUACCUCCAACACCAGAGCCUUAUUUCUCUGAUUUCCCGGACAGACCCUCCGCUGGCCGCUCAUCGCCGGAGCGCAAGUCACCGGAACGGCGUUCUUACACAGUCUCUGUGUCUCCGAACGGAGAAAUUCUGUCCAACCACGCCUAUGGGCAAGAGGGCAACCCUCUUGGUCCUCAAAUCACACCGGCUGAAUCGGUAUCAAUUGUGGGCAUUGAGCAAGUGCUUCCCAAGCCUCAUAGUUGCUCUAAGGGGGAGAAGUGCUCAAAGUACAAGAGACAGCAGCGAAUGCUUGAGAAGCUCGCUGCCGAAUUCCCGGACGGAGUGAUUCGUGAAGGCGCUAUCAUCGCUGGUAGUCCUGGAAAUCCCCUUACGGCCCAGAACAUGCUGCGACCAAGCUCCAACCGUCAGCCUUCCGUGGUAGCAUCAUCAGACAUUUUUGGACCUGGUCCAGUCACAGGACCACGGUUGUCCGAAGCCGCCCUGAGUGGAAUUCAGAAAUUAGACCCGCGGGAGACCAUUCGAAAUUUCUUGAAUUAUCAGCAUUUGGAGAAUGUUCCCCAGCAAAAGCCGGUGCUGUCGGAUCUGAACACAACCAAUCUGCCUCCCCAUGAUUACUCAAUCGAGCUCUCCCCGGCGCCUCCCCAGUCGCACAACAUGGCCAAUAAUCUUCGUAACCUGCCCAAAUUGACAAUUCCCACAAGUCCGAACACCGAAGAGAUGACCACUGCUGUGACCACAAACCGGUCGAUGACUCCUACCCAGCCAUCUGCGGGAUACGACUCUCCUACUGCGGUUCAGCGCUAUGGGCCAUUCACCCAAAACGCAGGUGCAGUAGACUACUAUCGUCAAGGAACCCCAUUCACUGAAGUGGAUGUUCCGAUCACCGCGAUUCCGAAUGGCCCCAUUGCCCGUGAGGCGUCUCAAUCGGUUCCUCCCGAUAUGCAAUUUGGCACUUUGUUCCCACCUUAUCGGGACCCUCUCAUGCGCAGCACUUCGGUGCGCCCCAGUGCUCCUCAAAGCCUCCGAAAGGUUCAUGAGGAUAAGCCCUUGACUCCUAUUGACACCCCAGCGGACCUCAUCCGUAGCCCUCGCGUUCAACAACAUGGUUACAGUUCCUCCCAGUCGUCCCAGUCGUCCCUCACCUCCGACCCAGAAGUGACUCAAAGUGGCUACAUGAAGAAGCGCAAGACUACUCGUCUUCUUCGACACGAGUGGCAAGAUGCUCACUUCACCCUCCGCGGAACAAACUUGGCCAUGCACAAAGAUGAGCGAGAUGCCCACCGCGAGUCUCGUGCCUUGGAGAUCAUCGACGUCGACGACUAUGCGGUCGCUUGCUCAUCGGUUGCCGCCAGUUCCAAGCUUUCCGCCGCCUUCAAGAAGUCCGUCCUUCGUCAUGGCAACGGCAUGGGUGGCGCUCGGAACGAACCUGCAUUUGCUUUCUCUCUUGUUCCUUCAGCCAAGGAAGGGGAGAAGAAGUCCUUGUUCAACACCAACGGCCCCAAGCCUCAUCACUUUGCCGUCAAGAGUCGGGAUGAGCGCAUCGAGUGGAUGCGCACCGUGAUGAUUGCCAAGAUCGCCGGCCGAAAGGGUCAGGGUGAAGAAAUCUCCGUCAAUGGCCAACCCAUCUAA